CUUACUCUACUUUCUAUCUAUCCUACUCAUCUCUCCAAUUAUACCUGAUCCCUCAUCCUCUACUCCCCAUACUCACCUUAUUCCACUGCUGCAUGACCUUUCGUCUCACUUCCAGAUCACUCAAAACCGGCGGCUGACCGACCAAUUCCAUCCUCGAUCAUAGAGUAUCUUCCUUCUUUCCUCUCUUGGGUCGUUCAAACAUUUCCCCAAACCCAACUCAUAUCUUACACCUCCUUCUAUCCCGAUUUAGACUCAACAUUACACUUUUUUCUAUCCCGAUUUACACUCAUACCUCGAUCAAUCUACCCAUCUUUGAUUAAUCCCGAUCUCCCACUCUAACCCUUUGGAAGUCAAGUCAGUUAUAGAUAAUCCACGAUAAAAAUACAAAAUGUCAUACCGAACACUCCAAUCUUCCUCAACAAACUCAACUAUGAACACUAUCAAGACUGAAUCACCUGAGUUCAACCAUCCAGAAAGAAACGAUGGAAGGUUUCUUGAUGCUGUUGGUGAACAUGAAGAAUUUGAUAAUGUUCCUGAACAUUUAGAUUAUGAAUUUCAUGAUGCUGAAGAUGGAUCUCCUCGGAUUGGACCUCCUCAGAUUGAAUCUCCUCAUAUUGGACCAUCUCAGGUUGGACCAUCUCAGAUUAGAUCUCCCCGAGAUAAAGUUACCAAGAGGAGAUCUACGGAUGAAGAUAUGUUAAAGGAAAUAAACAUGGAUGUAGUGAAAGGAAAGAUGGAAUAUGAGA